AUGCCAGGCACAAAACGUUUUCAACAUGUGAUUGAGACCCCAGAGCCUGGCAAGUGGGAGUUGUCUGGGUAUGAGGCAGCCCUGCCAAUCACAGAGAAGUCAAACCCACUGACCCAGGACCUGGACAAAGCAGAUGCUGAGCAAAUUGUUCGAUUGCUGGGGCAAUGUGAUGCUGAGAUCUUCCAGGAGGAGGGGCAAGUCAUGCCCACGUACCAGCGACUGUAUAGUGAAUCGAUUUUGACCACCAUGGUACAAGUGGCUGGAAAAGUUCAGGAAGUGCUGAAGGAGCCUGAGGGGGGGCUGGUGGUGCUGAGUGGAGGGGGCACCUCCGGCCGGAUGGCAUUCCUCAUGUCGGUCUCCUUUAACCAGCUGAUGAAAGGUUUAGGACAGAAACCUCUUUAUACCUAUCUCAUUGCAGGAGGUGACAGGUCUGUGGUGGCAUCUAGGGAGGGGACAGAAGAUAGUGCUCUGCAUGGGAUUGAGGAACUGAAGAAGGUGGCUGCUGGGAAGAAGAGGGUGAUUGUCAUUGGCAUUUCGGUGGGACUCUCUGCUCCCUUUGUGGCAGGCCAGAUGGACUACUGCAUGGAUAAUCCAACGAUCUUCUUGCCAGUCCUGGUUGGUUUCAACCCCGUGAACAUGGCCAGAAAUGACCCCAUUGAAGACUGGAGUUCAACAUUCCGACAAAUAGCAGAACGGAUGCAGAGACUGCAAGAGAAACAGGAAGCUUUUGUGCUCAAUCCUGCAAUUGGGCCCGAGGGCCUCAGUGGCUCAUCCCGGAUGAAAGGUGGAAGCGCUACCAAGAUCUUGUUGGAAACCCUGUUACUGGCAGCACACAAGACCGUGGACCGGGGCAUUGCAGCAUCUCAGAGACACCUUCUGGAAAUCCUGCGGACAUUUGAGCGGGCUCAUCAGGUGACCUAUAGCCAAAGCCCGAAGAUCGCUGCCCUGAUGAAGCAAGCCAGCACCAGCCUAAAGAAAAAAGGCCGAGUGUACCUGGUUGGUUGGCAGACCCUCGGCAUCAUCGCCAUCAUGGAUGGAGUGGAGUGCAUCCACACCUUUGGUGCUGAUUUCCAAGAUGUCCGUGGUUUUCUCAUUGGUGAUCACAGUGAUAUGUUUAACCAGAAGGCUGAGCUCAUCAACCAGGGUCCCCAGUUCUCCUUCUCCCAGGAGGACUUCCUGACUUCCAUCUUGCCAUCCCUCACUGAAAUCGACACUGUGGUCUUCAUUUUUACCCUGGAUGACAACCUCACGGAGGUGCAGACGCUGGUGGAGCAGGUGAAAAAGAAGACUGCUAACAUCCAGGCCUUGGCACAUAGCACUGUGGGCCAGUCCCUGCCGAGCUCACUGAAGAAACUCUUCCCCUCCAUCUUCAGUAUCACGUGGCCACUGCUUUUCUUUGAAUACGAAGGGAACUUUAUCCAGAAGUUCCAGCAUGAGUUGAGCACCAAGUGGGUGCUGAACACUGUGAGUACGGGGGCCCACGUGCUUCUUGGGAAGAUCCUCCAGAACCACAUGUUGGACUUCCGCAUUCGCAACUCCAAGCUCUUCUGGCGGGCGCUGGCCAUGCUGCAGCGGUUCUCUGGACAGCCCAAGGCUCGAUGCAUCGAAACCCUCCUCCAGGUGAUCCACUUUCCUCAGCCGCUGUCGGAUGAUACCCGGGCUGCUCCCAUCUCCUUCCAUGUCCAGGUUGCACACGAGAAGGAACAGGUGAUCCCCAUGGCCUUGCUGAGCCUCCUAUCCCGGUGCUCCAUCCCCGAGGCACAGGUGCAACUGGCUGCAGCCCCCUCUGUCUGUGAGGCUGUCAGGAGCGUCCUCACUGGGCCAGGUCGGAAGCGCAGCGCAGACCCUCUGGAAACCCUAGAGCCUGCCCUGCAGUGAACUGGUGUUUCUGGGCGUGUGAAGCCCAUGGAGGCUUGUUGGGCUGGCAGCACUUGUGGUGGGAGGGGAAGCCCAAUCCCCAGGGCCACCCGCAGCAGGGAAAGGAAUCUCUAUACUCUCUACUUUGGGGGAGUUCUUGCUCUUGACCCAGUGGUUCCCAUUUUCACUGGCAUGUUCUGAUUUCAGAAAUAAAACU